AUGUCUCAAAAAAAUGAAAUGCAUCCUCGAAAUCCCUACAAAAACAAGCCGCCAGAUUUCAAAGCUUUAGCAAUCGAGUACCCUGAAUUUCGGAAGUUCUGCCACUAUGUCAGUAAUGGAAAAGUUCUAUUUGAUUUCAAAAAAGAUGCUGCAGUUCGAUGCCUCACACAAACGCUUCUGAAGAAAGACUUCAGGCUUAAUGUUGAACUGCCCACUGGUCAUUUAGUUCCGCGUGUUCCUCAGAAGCUAAAUUACUGUUUGCUCAUCGAUGAUAUUCUCAAAGCUAAUGAAAUCACAAAGAACGUAGUAGGAAUUGAUAUUGGCACUGGAACAUCAUGUAUCCACGCUUUGAUAGGUGCCCGACAUUUUGGUUGGAAAUUUGUAGCAACUGAUGGAGAUGAGAAAUCAGUUCAAGUAGCUCAUGAUAACGUAGCGAGGAAUGACAUGAACGACUCAAUUUGCGUUGUACAUGUGAAUCCUGCUGUAAAAACUGUACUUAUUGAUGUGAUAAACUCCAUGCAGGAUAGUGAUUUCUCUUUCUGCAUGUGCAAUCCUCCUUUUUUCGAGAAGUCUGAACAAAAUGAUCGAUUUUGUGAAGAACCUUCUGUUUCCCAAGACACGUAUACAAACAAUUUGAGCUCCGAAGUGCGUUCAGCGCCGCAUUCUGAAACUAUUGCUUCAUCAGCAGAGUUAUAUGUUGAUGGAGGAGAAAUCGCCUUUGUGAAUCGGAUUAUCGAUGAUAGCGUGUGUUUACGAGAUAGAGUAAAAAUCUACACAACAAUGAUAGGUAGAAAGUCGAGUUUAAAACCACUGCAACAGAGACUUCAACGAUUCGGAGAAGAUGUUAAGUUUAUGGUCCAUCCACUCAAUCAAGGAAAAACGAAACGAUGGAUGUUAGCGUGGACGUUCGCAAAGUCGAUUUCGUUAACAACUCUCAUUAAAGAUCGUCCAGUUUCUCUCCAACUCCCGAAACCUGCAAUAAUGCGAAUUAUGCAAGAAAUUUCCCGCUUAGAUGGACGGCUCACACAAGAAAGUUCGUCUGUUAUUGUAGCUGAGUUCAAGAGUGUGACAUGGACGAACCAAAGAGCCAGAAAAAAAGCCAAUGCGCUUUUAUUGGGAAAUCUUACAAAGCGACCGAAAUGGGACACUUCGAAUGUUGCAUGCGAAGCAAAUAUGGGUGUUGGAGAUGGAAGAGAUUCAUUUUCUGACGCCGGAAAUUUUGUUGAGUCUAAAAGUAUCUCAACUUUCAAAGAAUUUACCGUUGACAAUGCUACCCAGGCGUACUUUCCACUACCACCCGGAGAAACUCCACGUCCGAUUGUUCGUAUAAGAAUUAACGUAAAUUCUGAAAAUUUAUUUGAUGUCGUUUCCUUUGAUUUGAUAUUCGGUUCCAAGCAACAUCUUCACCAAUUAGUUCAAUAUUUAAAAAAUUUACUUUGCCGGUAG